GGGAAUCAUCGGUUCAUAUUUCCCACCAUUCGAACAUGCAAUGGCUUCCCCCCAUUCGAUUUGAUUCGAUUGUUUUGUCAAUAUCGCGAAAACGUGCCUGAACACAACCCAGUGAACAUUACUGCUAGAAUAACGCAAAGAUGAAGAUCGAAGAGGUGAAGAGCUCUGCAAAAACGCAGAGAAUAUCAGCCCACACGCACAUAAAGGGUUUAGGACUUGAUGAGAGCGGAGAAGCGAUGCAAUCAGCAGCCGGCCUCGUGGGUCAGGCGCAGGCACGAGAGGCUGCUGGUAUCAUUGUGGACCUGAUAAGGUCUAAGAAAAUGGCAGGUCGUGCAGUUCUCCUGGCAGGCCCCCCAGGUACUGGUAAAACUGCUAUUGCCCUGGCCAUUGCCCAGGAACUAGGCAACAAAGUGCCAUUUUGUCCAAUGGUGGGAUCAGAGGUCUACAGUUCGGAGAUAAAGAAGACUGAAGUCCUCAUGGAGAACUUCAGACGAGCCAUUGGUCUCAGGAUAAAAGAGACUAAAGAGGUUUACGAGGGUGAAGUGACGGAAUUAACGCCUGUUGAAACAGAGAACCCCAUGGGAGGAUAUGGCAAGACUGUGUCCCACGUCAUUAUUGGACUGAAAACAGCCAAGGGGACGAAGCAAUUGAAGCUGGAUCCGUCGAUUUAUCAAUCACUGCAGAAGGAAAAAGUCGAGACUGGGGAUGUGAUCUACAUCGAGGCCAACAGUGGAGCUGUCAAGAGACAGGGAAGGAGUGACAAUUAUGCUACAGAGUUCGAUCUCGAGGCUGAGGAGUAUGUGCCACUACCUAAGGGGGAUGUCCACAAGAAGAAGGAGGUCAUUCAGGAUGUGACACUUCAUGAUCUCGAUGUGGCCAAUGCUAAACCACAGGGGGGACAGGACAUAAUGUCGAUGAUGGGGCAAUUGAUGAAGCCGAAGAAGACGGAAAUUACUGACAAACUAAGAAAGGAGAUAAACAAAGUAGUGAAUCAAUACAUCGAUCAGGGGAUAGCAGAGCUAGUUCCGGGGGUUCUCUUCGUCGACGAGGUUCACAUGUUAGAUAUAGAGACAUUUACGUAUCUCCAUCGGUCCCUCGAGAGUGCCAUCGCCCCCAUUGUCAUAUUCGCCACAAACAGAGGACAUUGUGUCAUCAGGGGAACAGAAGACAUCGUUGCACCCCAUGGCAUUCCCCUCGAUCUUCUCGAUCGUCUCCUCAUCAUCAAGACACUUCCAUACUCCAAAUCAGAAAUUGAACAGAUUGUGAAGCUCAGAGCUGUCACCGAGGGCCUUCAACUGGAGGACGAGGCGUUCACUGCACUUGGGGAUCUUGGAACCACAACUACUCUGCGUUAUGUCGUUCAAUUACUGACACCUGCAGCUCUCACAGCCAAAGUCAAUGGCAGGACAACCAUCAAGAAAGAAGAUAUUGAAGAAGUGGGGGGACUCUUCCUUGACGCCAAGUCUUCAGCUAAAAUAUUGACGCAACAGAAGGAUAAGUUUAUGAUGUGAAUUAUGGUAUUUCGCUUUAUCUCAGGAAUAAAUAACUUUUUUAAUUACAUAUGAA